ACAAAAAGUGCCACACCCCCUUGGGUUACUUGAGGUCAACACUGAUAUUUCCGGACAUGCGCAGCGAAGCCGGCUAGUAGCCAACAUGGCGGCCGUCCGGGGGCGAAGUCUUCGCUCCGUCAAGAGGAGAGCUCGCCACGAAAGCGGGGAAGAGAGCGUAAUCGUGGACUUUACGCGUGCUGCCUCCAAGAACCUGAGAGAAAUCCUGGCGAACAUCUGCCGCCCGGCCGGGAUUUCUGAUGGCCGCAAACUCGGACAUCUCAACAACUUCCCUAAGCUGCUGUGCCACUAUGGUCCUGAUGUGGAUUGGGGCCUCACUAGUGAAGAAAUCAUCAAGUGUGUUCGAGUCUCCCUCCUUAGCGAAAGAAAAGAAAUCCGAGCAGCUGGCCUGCGAGUCUUCAGAUAUUUCCUUAAAGAUGCAGCAACGAUGGAACUUCUGCUGCGUCUCAAGGUCGACUUUCUUAUUGCAAGAUGUUUAGACAUUGCCCAGAGUAAUGAUGGGGAGAGAGUUCAGGCCCUCAGACUUAUCAGAAAGAUGGUGUACGUAAGUCCGUCGUUGUUUCCCCGCUCGCUGGUCAACACGCUGGUUUCCGUCGGCAACGAAGGAUCGCAGGAGAGAGACAGACUUCUCCGCGCCAGCCUGUGUGUGCUCUGUGAGCUGGCGAUCCACAACCCGUCGGUUGUGUCUCGGUGCGGCGGCGUCAGCACGAUCCUGAACCACGUCCUGGACUGUCACCUGUCUCGCAUCAACGAGUCGCUCAUGGCAACUGUGCUGCACCUCAUCAACCAACCACAGACAAGAUGCUACGUACGCGCCAUCGAACUGCAGCAAAUGUUGGCUCCCUUUACAGACUUCCACUACAGACACAACGCAGACACUCCAGACAGCCAUAUCAAUGAUGCCAGAGAAACAACACUUUUGUCCAGCAAGAUGGCCAUCGCGACAAUCUUCCGAUCCUGGCCAGGUGUGGUGGUUUUGUGUAAACCUGACGGCAGUGGAGUAGAGUCCCUGCUGGGGGUGCUGUGUAUCCCCAACAACGAAGUUAGGCAAGGAAUUAUGGACAUCUUGUUUGACAUCUUCAGACUUCCCAUUCCUAUCUGGACAGAAGACUUCACUGUUGCACUGAAGAGUUCAGACCCUUCAACAUUCCAAGACUCGUGGCAACUUUCCCAAGGGUUUGUCGUCGAGGAGGCCAAGUCUGUACUGCCCAGCAGAAUGUCUUCUAGAACCAACCUAAUAGAGAACUACCUGGGUCUGGUGCUGUCAGCCUUCCUGAAUGCUGGGCUCCUGGAGAGCCUGGUGGAAGUGAUCCGUUCCAGUGACAACCACAACUCUGUACGAGCAACUGUUCUUCUGGGGGAGCUGCUGCAUAUGGCCAACAGACUUCUGCCCCACGAGUGUGGCCAACAUUCCCACUGCCUGCCCUCCCUGGUCAACCUGGCAGCUUCCUUCGAUGUGUCAGCACAGGAGAGACAACGAGCGAGCACAGCAGUGAUGUGUUUGAACCGUCUGCAUGAGCUGAAGAAGCGCGGCCCGGUCCCACACAGCCUGUACCUGGACCAGCUGAUGCGGCACGGCCACCGCCUGCCUGCUCACAGCAGCAGCCGCAUGGCCCAGGUCAGCAGGGAGAAACUCGCACAGUAUCUCAACAAGGACACAGACGAGACCCUACAGCAGGCGAUGAAGGACACGCAGGUGCUGGUCACCAAGGAGAACCUCAGCUGGGACUGGGACCUCGUCGCCGUCGUGCUCAAGUUGUCCACUGGAGGACCAAGAUGGCUGGACGAUGCUGCAAAUGCAAGGUUUGUGAGGAGACUGAUCUAUUUCUACCGACCGAAGAACCUGCUGUACUCCGGUCUGACGCUGGACUCGCGCCUGGUGGAGCCCAGAAAACUCACCAUCGUGGGCUGCCAGCUCAUGGAGUUCCUGCUUGACUGCCAGGAGGAAGGUCACAGGUUUGUGGAAGAAGUGAUUCGAGAAGUGGUGGAGUGUCUGUGUGAGGUGUAUGAUGGGAAGGACGACGGGCUGUUCAGCGACCAGAGUCUCCAGACGACCGUCUGUCAGGACUUCUUCCUCCUGAUUGGUCGACUGUCGCGGCUGCAGGCGGGGGAGAAAGUACUGGAAGCUUCUGGAGUCUACCAAUGUUUCAUGUCCAUCUGUGGGUUGAAGGGCUGUGAUCUGCUGAGGAAGUUGAUCAUCGCUUGUCUGGACUACAGUAAGGACGGGCUGGCCAGAGUGGUGCUGUCCAAGGCUCUUACUGCUCCAGCCGAGUCGAGUCGUCUGUACACCACGAGUUUCCUGCGGGUUCUGCUCCGCGCUCGAGUUCCGUUCUUUAACCAGUGGGGUGUGGAGUUCCUGGUCACGCAGCUGUACGACAAGAGCAAAACCGUCGCCAUGGAAGCCAUUGAUAUACUGGACGAGGCCUGCGAGGAAGAGGCUAACCUGCAUGCCCUGGUGGACAUGAGACCAUCCCUGCUGCAUCUGGGAGACAAGGGGGCCAUGCUGCUCAUCAGAUUUUUGUCCAUCAGUAAAGGGUUCACCUUCCUGUCUGAAGUGAACUACACGGCAAACGUACUGGACAAGUGGUACAAGUCCUUCAACAAGAAGUAUGUGCACCUGGUGGAGGAUGAGCUGAACGAGGCUCUGACCAACUACCAGAAGCCGAAGGACGGGAGCAACUUCAACCGCAGGAACAUGCACCACCGCCCGCUGCUGCUGAUGAAGAAUGAUGUAUACGUGCCGGUGCACCUGUACGGGGAACUGGUGCAGCACAAGGCAGGAGCGCAGCUGGUAGAGAAACAGGACCACGUCUCAGAAUUCUGCCAAAGAAUCCGCUACCACGACUUGAGCUCGCCUGAGCAGGUGCUGGAGCUCAAGGCUGCCCUCUGGUGUCUGGGUCACAUCGGGACAUCUCCCUGGGGUCAGAGCCUGCUGGAUCAGGAACAGAUAAUCCCAGAGAUCAUCCGUCUGGCCGAGGACUGUCCGGUUCUCUCUGUCAGGGGGACCUGUCUGUAUGUGCUGGGGCUGGUGGCGAAGACACGGCAAGGCUGCGACAUCCUCCGCGAGCAUGGCUGGGAGUCUGUACGCCACGGGCGCGACGAUCCCUGGCCCGUCGUCGACAACCGUGAUCACGUGUUCGACGACGUCAACUCCGAGAUCCCGUCUUCCGCAAGCGAUCUGAGCGGGAGGGACCUUUUCGAUCAGGGAUCCAUGGGCGAUCUGAAUGUGGAUUCCGGCCCGCAGAGUCUGUUUUACGUCGAGAACGGUUCCAAGUACGGCCAGAGCCCGACGAGCACAUUCUUCCUAGACAUUAACGAGAAAGGCGAGCACGCGCUGGCGAGAAUAAACGAGCUAGACUCUUCCAACGCCAAGAGCAAGACAUUACCGAGGGGCGGGGACUCGCGGGAAAAGGACUCGCCAAAGUUCGGCACCGGUCUCAAGAGGGUAAAAACGAUGCCUGUGUUUAAAAGAAGCGGGAUCUCGCCGGAGAGAAAGCUGCGAAGCAACAGCGACAUCAAGCUGCAAUAUUUCCCAAGCUUCCGCAGAGAGGAGAGGAUACGAAGCCCCAGUCCGGGGGCGUACUACGCCGGAUCGUUGGACAGAAAGCCGAGAAAGAGCGACGAGUUAGAGGAAUCAGAGGACAUGAGAGGUAGCAGGAAUAGCAUAAGUGACAGUAAGUUGCACGGUAAGCCGAGAAGCACGAGUUUUAAGCACAGGAGUGACAGCGAUGAGAGUACGGGGAGCGCGCGAGCGGGGGGAAAGAGUCGCAGCGAGAGUUUUAACACGGAUACAACGACAAGCGGCGUGAGCUCCAUGGGUUCCAGUCCACAUGCGGAAACCUGCAGCCUGAGUACCAUCUCCAGUAGCCAAACCGGCCGGACGAGCAGCCAGCCGAUAGAUGUCACACCGCAGAAGUCGGCGACAUUGCCGCGUGCCGUGACGGCGCACAACCUGCCCCCCUCCCCCAAUCCGGGCGCGCGGAGAAGCAUGCUGAGUCCACCUGGGACGGACCUGGGCGUGAGUUACACCAGCACACGGGACGCCGCGGGAUACGCAACGCUGCGCUCACUCAAGAGACACAGGUCCCUUUCGAGAGGAAUGGAGUAUGCAGAGAGUCUGAACUUGACCAUCAGACCAGAGCGGAGCAGUGUGGACUCCUACUUCCCUGCAUUCAAACCCGGCAGGUUGUUCCGAGAGAGUAGCUACACAUCGCUGGACGGUUCCGACAGUGUUCUGUAUGAGAGCCUGGCCUCCCCCCUGCGCCCAGUGGGCCUGUCCGCCGUCUACACGAAGGGCGUCGCGCAGGGGAACUUCAUCGGCCUGACGCUGCCCAUCCACCCUGAGAUGAUCUUUAGGGUUGAGGAUGACUCCUACAAGGGUCCGUCCAGCCCUCCCCCUCCUGUACCAGACAGUGUUCGAUCGUUCUUCUCCGACCUGCACGACCCUGUACACCUGUCGGAGAGCCUCCCCUCAGCGCUGGGAGACCACUCCCCCCCUCCCCUCGUCACCAAACUGCCGCUGACCGCAUCAGGGUUCGAGAACCACGAGAGAGAGAGAUGCAUGGCCUGUAUGGUCAAACCACCCGAGGAGGAAAAACUGCAGGCAGAAAGUACAGUUGAGCUAGAGGAGGAUAAUGAUAACGGAGAAGCCAGCCUGCUGGUCCCACCUCGCAGCCGGUCAAGCAGCCGGACUAAACCGGACAGUACCGACGCAACACCCAACAGUGUCAGCAGCUACACCAGCACGGACUCCGGAUCAGGAAACCGAAGGCUGUCGGUGGACACCCCCGCGGGAAAGGCAAUGGUACGAGCCGAGAUCAUGAAGCUCAUCAUCAACCUCAGCAGCUCCGUGGCAACCAAAGCCCAGGAGACUGGGUUGCUAAGUCUGAAGGAGAAGCUGCCCAACGCGUUUGAUGACACCUGCCUGUACUGUGAGGUUGCUCACCUGUUGUCUGAGUACACCUUCCGGCUACCUGCCCGCCGCUUCAUCCAGGAGCUCUUCCAAGACACCGCCUUUUCUGAGGUUUACGAGGAGGCCCGUGACCUGCUGGGCAUGACAGACACGGCCGUACACGAGACGGUUCGCAGAGAGACGGAGGCGUGAUCGCAGGACGCUUCUUAAACCUACAAGGCAAUAUCUUACUCCUUAAGGCCUCGCCUGUUCAUUUCCUUGGUUCUUAAACUUAUUUUUAGAUUAAAAAUCAAGCAAAAGAAUAAGAUGAAAACCAUGCGCUGAGAGGAAAACUGACAAUAUUCAGCCCUGGAAACUUUGAAACAUUGUGUACUAAGGUAUAAGCUAGCCUGACUACAUCAUGCUUCUAGUAGCCUUUCCACUGGUCAGGCCCCUAGAAAUAAAAGAAGCCAAGCUAGUGCUUGAAAGCAAGACAGGCUAGUUAUAACACAGGCUAGUUACAAGCCUUCUGUACAGUUUUUUUUUUUUACUCUGAUGACCAGGAAAAUGAACUGGUGUUGCCAAAAUCUCAGACACACGAAGGAAAUGUUCAAGUGUCUAAAACUUUAGCAGGACCAGUUAAUGGCCAAAGCACAAGAUGUUCUGUUCAUUCCAUGUUAAACAUUCGUAGCUGUUUCUGUUCAUAACUGGCUUUAAUCUGACCCAGACUUUUAGGUAACUAAGUUUGUUUUAUCAAUGAAAACAGACUGACAGUAUGAAGCAACUUGAAAUGUAAUUUCCAACCCUAUUUUUUGAGAGUACGACACCAUUCUUUGCUCAUUGCUCAUUCCUUAACAAAGACUGGAGUUGGACAGUCAAAAAUUUGGGUGAGUCCAAUUUCUUGUGUUGGAAGUUGCAGUUCAAACUUACUGGUACUUCAUAAUGACUUCUACCAACACAGAUGAACUUUCAAGAUAAGCAAACUGCCAUUCAUUCAUUCAUGUGAAGACAGAUACAUGUAUGACAGCCUCUCCCUCUAAAGGCUCUGCUGAUCUAGAUAAGAACUGUUUUCUCUAAGGCCAUAACAACUGUCUUUUAGACCAUUUGAAACGAAAGUAGAGAAAAAAAAAUGGCAAAACAAGAAAUAAAGAAAAUAACAGGCAUCUUGGCAUACUGGUGUGUUUCCCAGAUGGCUAUGAUGUUGAUUAACUUCUCAUUGGGAAAAUGGAUAGGUCUGUGUUUUAUUCUUAGCAAGGAGGUUAUAUGUUGUAAGUUUCUGAAUGUUGCUGGCUUUAGGACCAGAAGGCUGUAAGUUUGGACCAAGUACACAUCUAGAAAGUCAAGUUCACUUCUGUCAAAUCUGCUAAGAAUCAAACCUUGUUGAAAGUCAGAAAGAAGACAAUGAGAAUUAAGUCUCUUUUCUUUUACACAUGUAUACAGGUAUGUACUGUGGUUUGAGUAACAUAAGAAUUGUUCUACUAUGGUAUGGCAAGGUUUGAAGGUGAGAUGAUGAUGUUCUAAAUAUGUGCAGAACUAUUUGCAACCUUACCUUGAUAAUGGACUUCUGGAACAAGAUAUCUCAACUCAUACCUAUUGGGAGUAUUAUACAUAUACUCUGACCAAAAGUUUGUCAAUGAAAUCAAAGUAUACUUGAGAGUAAAUUAGAGCCAAUAGAUCAUAACUACAGUUAACUAGAAAAGUUUGACAUGGAUAGUUAUAAAAAGGCAAUCUUUGAACAAAAAUAACGUGUGCAGAUCUGUUUUGAAGACCCAGAAUUUACUAACAAUAACUUAACAUGACAUUGUAAGAUUCAUAAUUCAGUGGUUUAUAUUACAAAUAUGCACUUCAGUCUGUAUAUAGAUUUGCCAAAAGGAAAGAAGACUCAGUUGUCAUAGUUGUUAUUUGUUACACAAUCAUGUGAUUUAAGAAAUACAAAGCAUUCUUGGAAGCAUUUUUCUUUUCGGUGGAAACAACUUAAUUCCAUUCUUAAACUUUAAAGAAAAAAAGUUGAUAUUGGGUGUGUGGUAUCAUUUCGUGCUCCUGCACUCUGCACAACUUUGUCAACUUUUGUAGAAACCAGUCUUAAUUUCUCAUACUAAUUCCUGAAAACAAAUUAUGUAAACUUGCACCAACAAUGCUGGCAUUCAACCUAUCCACCCCUACUGUCAAGUGAUUAUAAGCUAUUCCAAAGCAAGGCAAAGACCAAAUGUAAUGUGAAUUAUAUAUUAGUGAAGUGUUAGGACUGUUCCAUUUUAAAGUUUUUUUUUGGUAGAUCCAUGAUGGCAGUUUCUUACUUUAAGCUCAUUCUAUUUUUUGUUUGAAACUGAGAAACAAUCUUGAGGCAUAACAUACCAGUUCUGUUUUUACUAAGUGUGGUGGGUGAUUUACCAACAAUGUAUGUUUAAUAACAGUAGAUAAUUUGUUUAUGUAGUAAGAUUUCAGACUUUCCUCAUGCACUGUUUGAAUAGUGACCACGACUGUACAUAAACUGUAUUUCCUUUCUUAAAUUAUUUCUUGUCUGUUGAUACUAGUUAACUAUGUGUGAUUGUGUUGAGAUGUCCUUCUUUUUGUACAGUUUUUUUGUCUUGCUUUUUUGUCUGUAGAUGAGUAUGUUAAAAAUGUGCUCUUAAGUCCACGAAAUGUAAACAUGUGAUUUAAAAGUUGUAUUUUGGCGUAAUUUAUUAUCAAAAAUCGUUGGGUCUUGAGGACCAGGCAAUUGUUAUGAUGAUAUGUAUGAAUUUACUCGUGUAUUUUUUUGUGAAGACAGUGAUCAUAUUGUCAUUUUAUUUU